AUGACGGAAGACUCAAAAUUUUCCAUUGUUUCGCCGAAUUCGGUGAAAUUGUACGCGGAAAUUUGCGGCGUUCAGACUUUGACAGACGAUCUUGCCAGUUCCUUGGCUGAAGAUGUGACCUACAGACUUCGCGAAACGCUGCAGGUUUAAAUGAACACGCUUACUUCUUCCAUUAACUAGUUUAUUAUUAUGAUCGUAAAGGUAGUAUCAGUUUAAUCAGCUGAACAUUUUAUUUAAAUUUCACAGAGUGCCUCGCAGUUUAUGAAGCAUGCUAAGCGGAGAAGGCUCUCAAGCGAAGACUUCAACAAAGCAUUAGAAAGAAGUAGCACAGAGGUAAAACAUGGAAUUUAAUCUCACAUCUGUCGAUCAAACUCGACUCGGUAUGAGAGAUCAUGAUGUGAUAGUUUUAAUCUCGCCCACGUGUUAAGGAAGAUCUUCGAACCUCUAAUAAGGCAUACGAGAGAGUUUGGAUGUCUUGAAAGGCGCAGUGAAGGUGGGGAGGGGGGGAGGGAGGCAGGGGAGACGGUCCUCCCCCUAUGCAAGCGAUAAAGGUUUGUUCCAAGCACAAAGGGUACGCUUUUUGAGGUGUUUUGGUCUUGGACCAGUGUAAUCUUAAAAGAGGGUAUGUGUUUCAAAGAAACUUUUGGAGCGUACAGUAUGACUGGACGUAUUUAUGAAAACUUUGCUUACUGCAGUCUGUUUAGCUUGAAAGUGGGCUCUCCUUUUUCGGUUUUGCCUUACAGCACCUUACCAGGUGUACCCAUUAUUAUACUGUCAGCAGCUACUUAUGGAAAAAGUUGUUGAAACCCCUGACACAGGUGUGGAAAAUGGCAUGUUUUGGCCUGAAUUAGGGUUAUGAUUUGAAGAAAUGGCAUGCGCAUGAACACCUCUUUCAAGAAAUAAUUGUGAGAAGUUCUUUGCCCUUACAGUGUGUCAAUAUUUUGUACAUGUACAUGCAAGAAUUGGGAGAAACAGGCUGUAAUGUUGAUAUCAUCUCCCUGAACAUUUUCACAUGACAUUUUAAUUUAUUUAAGUGACUUGUUUUGCAUGUGUUUGUCUGGCCAGCCAAUUUAUGGUUAUGGAUCUAUGGAUGACGUGUUGUUUCGAAGUGCACCAACUAAGGAUGGGGACAUUUUCUUUGUUGAAGAUAAGGAGAUAAGCCUACGAGAGCUGGCAAUGAAUGUGGUUAUACCCACUGACCCUGGACAAAGAAGUGUUAAAGGUGAAAUCUCAGUCUGUCAAAUUCAGUCAGAACUUUCAACAGAAGGUCGCAAAGGAGAGGUUUUGUUUCAUGCACAAAUUUAAGAAAAACUCAUACAUCACGUCUAUAAAAGAUAAAAAUUCAAUUCCUUCUUCUUGUGUACAAGGUUUCAGGUAAAUCUUAAAGUUUUCAAAAACUGAGAGAAAAAAAUAUAUGGUUAAAUAUAAUUCAGAAGGCAAAAAAACAUCUCAUGCUGGUUCAAAAAUUCCUUAGUUGUGUUCCCCUAUCUGUAGAAUUCAAGUGCCACAUAUAAAUGUUGGCCUUAACCCUUUAACUCCCAAGAUCUGUUUGUUAAUUCUCCUUUCUGGCUGCUACACAUUUCCUUGUAAAUUAGUUACAAGAAUUUGGAGUUAGAUAGAGACAACAACUUCCAUCUGAUAAAUUUGAGUUUUCUCAUUACCUGCUUACUGGGUGAUGUAUGAAUAUUACAGGGAGAAGUUACAUGUUAAUCAUUUGUGAGGGUUAAACAGCUAAUCACACGUCACAUAAAAUCCUUUGUUAAAAAUGCAUUUGAAUUAGUUUCAUGGUUUUAAAAGGUUGAAAAUUUUCUCUAUUUUGUAUAAUAGUGAAUCUUGGCUAUUUUCUAGGGAAACAGAAAACAUUCCUCCAUAUUUAAAUUUACACAGAUUCAAACUUUCUUGUGAUUAGUCCUAUUUUGUGUUCUUGCCUGUGCAUUAAACUUAUGUUUUAAAGAAGUUGUGGCUUUGAUUCUCCUUUGUCAGCAAAUUGGUUGUCUGCUGAAGGUGCACUGCCUGCUGGAAGUCAUGCUCAGCCAAAUGUUGGUAAGUUGAAACUGAUUGGCCAAAUUGUCUUUAAAAAGCACACCUGCUUCUAACUGCAUCUUUAAACGUGUGUUGUUUCAUCUGUCAAUUUAGGACGAGUUAACAAUGAUGGAGGCAGUGUCCAGCGUCCCCUCUCUCAGGUGGUUGUCUUUGUAUUUUCAGUUUUAAUACACAAAAUUUUGUUCAGUGCCAUUGUUAGAGCUAACUGUUUUAACCUCUCUUACCUUUAUAGUGGCCUUACAUGUCCUUAGUCACUUGGGCAUAUUUAAGUUAUAAGGGUAAAUUUUUUAACCUUACAAACUUUUUGAAACCCAGGUUCUUUCAGUUCUAAACUCAGUCUGCAAGUCAGUAUCUUUGAGCAUGAAAAAGUGGCACCUGAAAUUCCAUUUCCCCCACCCACUGCCAUUUAACACUAGAUUGAAACUCAUGUGAAAAGCUUGUGUGUUAUGAUGACUCUGUAGUAUUUUGGUCUCAUUCGGAGAAAGAUCAUGUUCGAUACUUAGCUACCUCUGACUGUAGCCGCCAUCUUCUGUCUAGGAGUAUUGCAGGCACCAGAAAACUCUCAGGGAGACUGAGCAAAAUGCUCUUUGGUAGUUACACCUUGUUUCAUACUUCCUUAGCAGGAUGUGCAGCUGUAUUGUAGCAGUGUUAGCCUUGCAGGAUACUUUAAAGGGCUCUAAGUUCUUUUUGAACCCAUUUAGACAUUUACAAUGGACAUUUUUUAAACUAUGUUUCUGGCUUUCUCCCAAUAGGCAUGUUUAAGUUACUAUGAGCAAGUAACGAAAGCAAUUUUGGGUGAUGAUGAACAAUGCAACAGAGUAAGAAUUUAUCUGAAUUUAGAAUACUUUAGCUGUGAUUCAGUUGGGAAGGUAUUUGUGGUGUUCCACACCUGAAAAAGUUCAAAGUUAAAGAAAAAGUUUUGUUACAGAAUGCGAUUAUUUUCUAUUCUUCUUCUGGCAGGUGGCUCUGAGUGAUCUGAAAACAAAUCCAAAGAUUUAUUCUUUACUGGCAUACUUUGUGAACUUUAUUGCAUCCGGGGUAAGUCAGUGGACUAAUCAUAUUAUUUCAAACCUUUGCCUAUUUUGUUUAGCAAAAAUCGAAGCCAAAGAAAUCAAUUUAACAGAAUUUCUUCUAAUAAAUCAUUUUAUUGGGUUGUACAAAUUUUAAGAGAAGCUGAGUUUUAGUUUGUAGAUUGAAGUGAUAAUGUAUUUUUCAGGUGAAGACUUAUAGCCAUGACUUGACGCAACUAAGUAAGCUUUUGAGUAUGGUCAGAUCACUGAUUGACAAUUCAUCACUGUUCCUUGAGCCUUAUGUAAGCAAAUAAUUUAUGAUAUCUAUUAGCUUAAAAAAUUAAAUUUGCACUCAUCAUUCAAACAUGAAAGGUCAACAUUUAAGACAUCUUAAUUAUGCAUAUGAUAUCUUUUCAAUUGCUUUUCUUAUGUCUUUCAACUGCAUCUGAAAUUUGCGUAUAAAUAAGUGUGAAAAUUGUGUGAGGACUAUGCUCAGAGUCCAUCAUGAUUAUGAGUUCUUGAGUACACACAGAUAUGUGUUUAGUUUGGUUUACAGUGCAAGCAGGUCUUCAUUGUGCUGCAAGAGUUGAGACAAGUCAGGGAGAGGUUUGCCAGGCGUGUGGAAGUAAAUCAAGGCCUUGCUCAUAAGCUAAGCUUGGUUAAAUCAAAUUUACAAACAAGUUAAGCAAUUUUGAUGGAUCAGAGUUCAUGAUCAUUUACACUGUACUCCUUUUGAAUUCAUCAACAAAAUGACCUUGUGGGCUGGGUAUAAAAGGAACACAACUGCUGUACUUAAUUAAUACUAAUACAUGUAAAUUUAUUUGGUGAACAGGUUAUUCAGCUGGUGACAGCAGUCAUGUAUUGUCUGCUAGAGUCUUUGGCUGCGUCUCUGAACCCCAAAAAUGACCACUGGAGAUUGAGGGAUGAAGCAGCUUCUAUUUUGGCUCGCAUUAGCAGGUAGAUAUGCAUUAUGCAUGAUAAAGUUGUUAGCAUUGAGGUUAUUGCAAUAUGCAUCCUUAUUUGAUUUAAUGCAGCAUUUGCUUGAGCACAUUUCAAAAGGCACUUACCUUUCUAGUAAAAGCUCACCCAAAAGGUUUAUUUGUGUAUUGAGUGUGAUUGUGUGUUCUUUUACAGAAAAUGCAGUAAUCCAGUGAAUUAUUUGAGACAGCAGCUUUUAAUGACACUACAGGAAGUGUUAUUGGAUGACGGGCGGCCAUUUUGUUCCCAUUAUGGUGCUGUAGUUGGGUUGACCGAGCUGGGACCAGAGGUCAAUAUUUUUAUUGCUCUUAUUCGAUUUCAGUAGUAAGCCACAUACCGUUUAUAAGAAACUGUAGAAAGAAAUAAUCUUAAGUGUGAAUUUGAUGCCGUCUGAAAGAACGUUACCCGUCUGGCUGAACGAAAAGGGUGUUUUACCAGCGAAUUAUCACUAAACAUAUUUAAUCAGAAACAACAGAGUAGCGCGCAAAAGUGAGUUGACAAUACCCAGCUCGAUCUUCGAUCGUCGAUUCUCGAAAAUUUACGAAUAUUUACGAGGGAGAAGUUGCUGAUUAGGAAGGCUGGCAAAAAUCUACCAAGAUGAAAACAAUAGCGCUUUUGUAUACUUGUUAUAUCGAGAGAUUUGAGGUCCCUGUCUGUGGACAAUAUUUCAUCACUUUCUUCCUUCAUUUUAGCCAAUCAGAUUCGAGAAAUUUAGUUUUCGUCACGCGUAGAUGCUUCCAGAAAACAAAAAACUGAAUCAGGCUAUUCUUGUAUAUUUUAGGCCUUAGAGCAGUAUGUGAUACCACACCUCCGAACCUAUUGGACACAGCUUCAGCAAGUGUUAGACGACAACAGCCAAUCAAAUGCACUGCUGCAAGAAGAAGCUUACCAAGUUUAUGGCGCUCUUUUGGUAUGCUAGGCGCUUGUUCUUUUGCUCAUACAACAGAAAAAGAUGUAUUUUCUUGAACAGCCAUUGGUUUAUAUUGGGGCCAAAAAAAGCGAAGAACAAUUGAGUAUGGUUUAGAUCUAGGUUUGAUUCAGUAAAGAGGGUAAGUUUCUAAAGAAACUGUGGUGCUACGUCAGUGGGAGAGUAUAACAAGAUAAUUUGGCAACAUAAAUUGGUCAUCGUUGAGAGUUUCAAAGCUGACGUUUCGUGCGUUAGUCCUUCGUCGGAGCGAAUGACGAAGGGCUAACGCUCGAAAUGUCAGCUUUGAAACUCCUAACGGUGGCCAAUUUACGUUAUUGGUACUAUCAAAUCAGUUGACCAAAUUAUCUUGAUUGAGGCUGGACUUCAUUAAACAAUCUUCCCUUGAUAUACAAUUCGAAUGAUUCGCCUUUGAUACUGAUGUAGCUCUUCAUCUCUUAAAUGUAUGUAUUCCUUGUAUCCUGCAGCAAGCCGCAGGUUGUCUGUUGAAAUCCAAGCAGCAUGGCGUUCCAAUGACCUCUCUCGGUUUUCAAGUCAACAACUCGCACCCAGUUCUGCGCACCAAUUUAUCUCCGUGGGCUGGAGCGAGUGUACUUCAGCGCCCAGCCCCCGUGGCAAAGUCCCGAUCCCGGUCAAGUUCGACUGGUCUCGCUUCGAAUCCUUUUCAGCUGUACCAGCAGCUGUACGAUGUAUUCGGCGACAGUCUAGGUCCCAGGACUGCACACAACAACUGGCAAGACGCGGUCGUUACCAAAACUAACCAACUUCGGAUGCAACCAUUUGCGCACGCGUACUUUCCCUUACGACCUCUGCCGCGCGAUGCAAAUAUUAUCAAGGAGUUGAUUAACAAAGCGAAAGAGAAAUUACAGACAUUUGGUUCAAAAACUAACACGUUUGGUGUUAAAAGGAAGAGAACCAUUGAUGACGAAUCAAGUCAAAGUCCAAAAGAAAGACUCAAAAGCAAAAGGAUUUGUUUGACAUUGAGGCCCUCUCUUGCGAAGGUCUCUGCUACGCUCAUGGAUUUGGAUCCUGAGGAACUCAGUUCAUCGCAAAGCAUAACGACAGGAAUUUCGAAGAAAAGCAGUGAGAAGGAGCUUGCAAAGGCUCCUAGACAUGUUCAGCGAGUGACAAACUGUGGUGUUGAGACUGGACGCAUUCAAAGAAAGUUAAGAAAGCAAAAUCCCUCGCUCAGUAACAGAGUCAAGUUUGAUUUUCACAUUGGUGUAACUUUAUAACAUCGGUAUUCUUGUUCCUGAGAAAUACCUCAAGAUAACACUGUACAUGUAAAUGUAACUCAGACUUGAUUUUCGCGGUAGAUAUUUAUACACGGUCUUGCUUGUAUUCCGUAAAAUUGAUCACAACUAUUCCUGUUUCCUGAAUGGCCCUGAAACUUCAAGGCAAAGAAACACACUGCAUUCACAAAUCGAAAUACGUCUAGAGAGAAAAACUGUUGAAUCAGAGCUGAAUGGCCCUGAAACCACAAGUCAAGGAAACACACCGCAUUCACAAAUCGAAAGAAAGACUGUUCAAUCAGAACUCUUAAAAGCUUCACGUGACGAGUUCAGAGCGCGGGAAAAUAAGACGUUUGUGACCAGGUUGUGAUUGAUGUUGGGUUUUGACACUGCAACUGAUUGUUUUGGCACUUAGCCCAAGCAAAAAGGUCUAACGCUCACAGACAAUUAAACUUGUUGUGAAAGAUGUGGUUAUUGUUUUGUGGUUAUAAAAAAAAGAGAAAGUUUUAUUCAUAAUUGUUUGUCUUGAGUGUCAGUUAUCAUUAAGUCUUUGUCAUUUUCAAUGUUGGCAGUACAUUAUUUUGUGUUCAAGAACAAGUGAACAUAACCAU